AGAUUAUCUGGUUCUUCUUGCUCCCUUCUCUCUCUCUUUUUAAUAAUAAAAACUCAUAUUGGGCUAUUUUUAAUCCACUCUUUAAUUUGAGUGCUUCUUGAAAUGGGUGAGACAACAAAAGGAGAUGCUACAAAACCAUCACCAAAUCAAAUCUCCUCGCCUAAAGAUUCUUCACUUGAUCACCAAACUCCAACCCCAUCACCCAUCCACCACCAUCACCAAUCUUUCCACCCUUCUCCGAUCUUCAUCGCCACCGUCUCUUCUCCGGGAGCUCCGAUCAUCCCCAAACGACCACGUUUCAUCUCUUCCAGUGGUCUUUCUCCACCUCAAUGGAAAGCCUUGCCGUCACCUUCCACCUUACCAACUGCUGCCACAUUCCCUUCAUUACCGUCCCCUUCCACUACCGUUGUAGCCGCCUCUUCCACUGAAACCGCCGCAUCUUCACCGCUGGAACAAGAAGGUAUUAACACCGAGAAACAACAACUCGAAACGGAUUCGUUUCAACAUAAAUUCAGAAAAGGGAAAUACGUGAGCCCUGUAUGGAAACCACACGAGAUGCUAUGGCUAGCAAAAGCUUGGAGAGUCCAGUACCAAAAACAAGAAACCGGGCCUGGUUCCGGGUCUGGCGAGGGAAGAGGGAAAACACGGGCUGAGAAAGACAGGGAAGUAGCUGAGUUCCUAAACCGAAACGGUGUAAACCGGGAUUCAAAAAUCGCCGGUACGAAAUGGGACAACAUGCUUGGUGAGUUUAGGAAAGUGAACGAGUGGGAGAAAGGAGGAGAUAGAGAGAAAUAUGGUAAGAGUUACUUCAGGCUCUCUCCUUACGAGAGGAAACAACAUCGACUUCCCGCUUCUUUCGACGAAGAAGUGUACCAAGAACUGGCUCUUUUCAUGGGUCCACGUGCCAGAGCUCUCUCUAUUAAACGUUGUAUUGGCGGAGCUCCGGCUGACGUUACCUUAACACCUCCUUCUGUUGAGACGCUUCCUCCUAUUCUUCAUCCACCGUUCAUGACUUCAAGAGACGAUGAUGUUGAUAAUAACCGUAUCACUUCGAUCGGAAGAGGGAAGAGACUAGCAUUAUCGAUAGCUGGGGAUGAUCAUCCUCAAUAUCCGUAUACACACAACAUUGGUAGAGGGUCAGGUUUAUUCUCUAAUAGGUCAUACUUCAAUCCUUCUUUUGAGACGAUUCCUUCUUCCUCUUCAUCUUUAAAAGAUCUUCGUCGUAUUGGGAAAAUACGGUUAACCUGGGAGGAAUCGGUUAACUUGUGGGCUGAAGAAGGAGAGGUUGAUUAUGGGAGAAUUAGGGUUAGUGGGUCGAGUUUCUUGAAUGCAGACGAGCUCACCUACUUGGAUGAUUCCAUAGUGGCUUGUACAAUGGAAUCUUUUGACGAUGGACCUCUUAGAGGAUUCUCUUUGGAUAAAUUCAUUUCUGGUCAACAUCUUAAAGUCUUUGGAAGACAAAAGUCAACAUCAUCAUCUGCUCCUUCACCUUCAGUUAAUAUGGCAAAUUCGAUUGGUCGAGCUCAGCUUCCACUCGCAGUGCCAAUUAACAAAUCAAUAUCAACAUUGGAGUUCCAAGACCCAUCAGAGCAUUACUUGAGUAGCUUGCGGGUCCCGGCUGCAAAUCCUCCAAGCUUAUUUGAGCUAGGACGGUACAUUCAAGAACCGCCGCCAGAAAAUCUCCGGUUUCCUAUCCGGCGAGACGUCUACAAAGACUUGCCGCCGGGGAAAGAGCUCUUCUUCUCCACUUCCACAACGGAGCUUCUAGAUUGUAGAGCAAUCACAUAUGAUAUCAUCAGCCCCGUAAUGUUCCGCUUAAGCCCUAAUUCCGUCAUCUCCAGCAAAGACUCGCUGAUCCCUCUUUGGGACGACUGCGUUAACCGGAUGGUUUCAAAGUUUUGCGAUAUGGUGGUUUUGCGCAAACCGGAUUCGUCUUCUUUUGUUGAAAACGUUCAAGAUCAGUGGCCAAACGUUGUGGGAUUCGUAAAAGGAUUCGGAUUAUGGAGAGGAGAAGAGGUCGAGAAGGUACGCGAAGGUGCAGCUGUUCCUUCUUCUCUAUUGGUCAAAAAGAUUCUUUGGUCGUACGACGAUCUUCCUUACAUUCUUGGUUACCACGCAAUAGGGUUCACCGUAACCUUCUGCGCUUUGAGCCGUUCUUCGCAAGACCGAGUGGUCUGCACUGAUCUUUAUUCAUUCGACGUCUCUUCACCGUCGGACAGAAUCAAGGCCUUGGUUCCUUGUUACCGUCUCGCUUCUCUUUUACAUUUGCUUGCAGAUCGGUGCACUAUGAGGCAUUUAUGUUACAACGACUUCGAGAGAAUUAGUCAUAGAGAUUUCGUGACCGAGAUAACCCCUAACACGGUGACUAAGUAUUACUCAAGCAAGAGAAAAUGGAGUGUAGUGAAAGGAAUCUACGAUUUUCUCGACCAAAGAGUUCCACACGCGGAGCAUUUGAAUAGUGCAAGAGAGAAGGAACUAUCACUGAGUUUUAAGCCACGUGGAGUAAGAGUCAAACCAUGUAAUGUUGAUCAUCUUAUCGAGUCUCUGAUGUGUGUGACGAGAGCUCUUGUUGCGCUUCAUGACCUUUCGUUCAUGCAUCGCGACAUGAGAUGGGAAAAUGUCAUGAGAAGCGCGGAAAUGACGACAACCACAUCGGACGCGGAAUGGUUUGUUUGCGGGUUUGACGAAGCGGCUGAGUCCCCGCAGCUUAACCCGCACCGCUCUAUGGACGAGGAAGAGGAGGAGGAGAAUGGGAGGCAAGCUCCGGAGAUGGAGAGAGGGUUGCAUGCGGUGAAAGUGGAUGUAUGGGGAGUGGGUUAUAUGAUAAAGACUUGUGGAUUGACUAAUGUGCCAAAGAUGUUGAGAGAACUUCAAGGGAAGUGUUUGGAGCCGAACCAGGAGAACCGUCCAACCGCAGCCGAUUGCUUCCACCACCUGCUUCAGGUUCAGUCUGCCAGUUCAUCCUCGUAUUAGUCCUUUUAAUUAUAUUUCUUAGUUCACAUAUGAAUCUUGGAAACUUAGAUCAACAUUUAGGUUUUGACCAUCA